AUGUCUUUUCCCUCUUCAUUACGCGGAUCGCGGUGCUUUUCCACCGCUUUAAGGACUUUGCAGAAUGCUAGCAAGAAGGCCCCAAAGGAAAUCGAUAUUAAUACUGUGGAGUACGGAGAAAUGUCUAAGGCUCAAAAAGCUUUUCUCGAUAGGGUUAUUCGGGUUGAUCAGGCGGGAGAGCUUGGUGCUAACUACAUUUAUAUGGGCCAGUACGCUGUUUUGGCUAACAAAUACCCUCACUUGAAACCUGUCUUGAAGCAUAUGUGGGAACAAGAGAUUCACCACCACGACACGUUCAAUCGUCUUCAAACGCAACGCAGAGUGAGGCCAUCCUUAUUUACGCCAUUCUGGAAGGCAGGAGCUGUAGCUAUAGGAGCCGGAACAGCCCUUCUAAGUAAGGAGGCAGCGAUGGCAUGUACUGUCGCUGUUGAAACUGUCAUUGGAGGCCACUAUAAUCAGCAAUUGCGCGUGUUAAUGAACCAAUACAACAUACCCGUAUAUGACAAAGCUACUGGAAAGGCUUUGAGUGAUGAGCAACUCACAGAUGCUAUCAAGACAUCACCUGAGUUGCGCGAUUUGAAAGACUUGAUUAGUACCUUCAGAGACGAUGAGCUUGAGCACUUAGAUACAGCAGUGGAACACGAUGCCAGAAAAGCGGUUCCAUACAUGCUUCUCACAGAGACCAUCAAAUUGGUAUGCCGUGGUGCCAUUUGGACAGCCGAGAGAGUUUAA